AUGUUUGCGCACGUGGCGGACAAGCACUUGGGGUGCAAGCCCGACGAGCAGGGCCGCUACGCGAACCAGGAGCGGGAGUUCCGCUGCCUCUGGCCCACGUGCUCGCACCACGCGAAGCCCAUCACCGUGCGCUUCCUCGAUUUCGCCCGCCACCUGAGCGUGCACAUCGCCCUCGCCUUCCCCGCCUCGCUGUCGGGCGAGAACCGGGCGGCGAAGAAGGCCCGCAAGGACUGGAUCGUCCCCGCCAAGAUCAUGACGCGGGAUCCCCUCAGCGCCGUCCUCGUCCUCAGAAACAUUGCGAGGAAUAUCGGCAAGACGGAAGCCGAGGAGGAGCUACUCAAGGAAAACGAGGCUACCGGCGAACCCGGCGGCUGGAAGGAGAGGCUCUUUAGACCUUUGAUGCCGAGGCUUUUCGAAGUCAUGGCCGAGAACAGGGCUUUGGCCCCCUACAUGGCGUCCCUACUUGACCUAAUCCACGAGUAA